AGAGAAGAAGAAGACAGGCUCGUUCGAGCUACCGGUCCGUUUGGUUUGGGACUUCGACGAGCGAAGGCGACGACUUCCCACUUCUGGUCAGGAUGCUACCCUCGCGCAUCAACAACCGCGGACAGCGUGGCGCGCCCGUGUCCUCGGUGCUGGUGACCACGUGGCUGCUUUGCUGGUCCUUCCACGGGUCCGAGCAGGCCAGAAGACCCAUGCGCCGGCUCGUCGCCGGUCGCUCCCUCACGCCACUGGGAUGGGGCGAGUACUGCGACGGAACCAGGUGGGCUUACAAGACACCGCAGUGCGGGAACGCGACGAGGGCGGACACCGUUGAUACGAAAAACGAGGCGGGCUGGCCGGCAUUCGAGAGCGCGUGCGGCAGCCCGAGCCAGUCGCCAAUCAACAUCAACUUCUUGCAGACGAGCUUCAAGAGCUUCGGGCCCAUCUCCUUCCUCGGCUACAACGUGCCCUUCCGCUUCGCCAUCGAGAACGGAGGACACGCGCUGUACAUCACGCCAUUGUACGCCCACCUCGAGUCCUACGGCGGACCGCUGCCCGCGCGCUACAACCUGUCCAAGGGCAUCUUUCAUUUCGGCAACGAGACCAGCCCGCGGGGCUCUGAGCACACCAUCGACGACCGAAACUUCGCCGCCGAACUCCAACUCCUGGUGUCCUCAGAGAAGCCCACGCCAACUGAAUGCAUCCGGCGUGGCCAGGGGCUGGCCAUUUUCGUCAUACUGUUUGAGAAACAGGAGCAAAACAACCCGUUUCUGGACACGCUCGUCAACGCCUCGGAGCACAUGACGUUCCGCGGCAACAAGACGGAGGUGCUGAUGCCCCUGGCCUACCUGCUGCCCAACACGACGCAACACUACUACAUCUACCUGGGCUCACUCAGCUUCCCUCCGUGCACCAGCGACGCCUUCGUCGUGGUCUUCAGGAGUACCGUGGCCAUCGGAGAGCAGCAGCUGUCAAGACUGAGGAACAACCUGUACACCUACACGGGCGGCUGCAAGUACAGGAUCGCGGGAAACCUGCGCCAGCUGCAGCCCCUGGGGAACCGCGUCGUCUAUCGCUCGUUCAAGUUCACGCCUUUCGCGGCUAGAUCGGCGGCAUCACUGCCGAGGCCGCUGAUGAUAGUGGUGGCGCUGGCAGCCGCAUCGUUCACCAUUGGCCAGAGCCUGGUAUAGGUUUCGAGACGCCGAAAGCCCGUGCGAACGAAUUCACGUGAUGUGUCACGGGCUUCCAGUUUUUUUUUUCGUUACCGUCGCCAUGAGCGCGAGCUCGCAUAGGCGACUAUGUACGCCACGAACACAAUAAAAUAAAAUUGAAAUAACGCGCCUCUGGUGCAGAAUCAGGGGAGGUAAUCAAGCGAAAUUCAAUAAAUGCUUCAUGAAGUACGA